AUGUCUUCCAAGCGACACCGCCCCACCCGUCGGGCAGAAAUUGCGCCAAAGAAGACCGCCUUUCACACGCUGCGGAAUCAACUGCGCCGCAACCUGGUGCGCUCAGAGUCCGGACGCGACUUCGUCCCUAGUGCCAGCCUCGAUGCCAUCUUCACCUUGGGUGCCAUCGAAAACGCCGUUGAACAGCUGGUCUGUCAGCCGGAUGAUCGAACGGGUCUCGCCCACGCGAUAUACAACCAAGGGAAGAAGCUAUUCGCAAUCUUGGUCUGGAUGCAGGAACCGGAUGCCAUCGUCACGUUUCGCAGCCACGACCUCCUCGACAGAAAACUACCCUUUGAAUCCUCCCACAUCGACGACUUGGGCCUCAAGUUUGCCCACGGCCUUGUAAGCGACGAGCAGUGGAAAUUCGUACCCUACUCCUUUCCACCAACCAUGUGGGAGUGCCACCGGGAAAUCGACACCGACAUGGUGAUGCCUUUUGUCGGCAAGGCGGAGAAGGUCGGGGCUGGCAUGCAUGCGGAUGUUUACAAGGUCGCCAUCGCCCCGUCCGAGCAGGCUUUCUAUCCCAAGGAUAGCGCACGAGUGCAAAUUAUCAAGAAGAGCUUGAAUCCUAAUGUCGAGCAAAACCGAGUUCGACAGGAGCUGUUGUGCUUACGGCUUCUCAAUCAUCUGAAGCAUCCCAACAUUGUCUGCAUGUUGGGUUCAUAUACGCAGAUGGAACAGCACCACUUCUUGUUUCCGUGUCUAGACAUGGACCUGAGCACCUUUCUCAAGAGGGAUACUCGAUUCGGGAAUUUCGAAUCGGACUGCACAUUCUACUCGGCGCUGCGAGGACUCGGCUCUGCACUAUCCCACGUCCAUCGACUUCAUCUGAAUCAGAAGACUCACGGGAUGGAUUUCGACGGUAUUGGCUGGCAUCACGACAUCCGGCCCGCCAAUGUCCUAGUGAGCAAGACCACAUUCCUGCUCACAGACUUUGGCCUCGCAACCUUUCAACAGGGCCGUGUCAAGUCAAAGAUGCUGUGGCAGCCGACGUCUGGAGAUUACGUUGCGCCUGAAUGCCUGGAUGCCGACCAAAAAGAGCAGAUCGUCGACCAAGCCAUCGACGUUUGGGCAUUCGGCUGCCUCCUUGCCGAGAUUGUCACGUACAUGGAGAAGGGCGCUGCUGGAGUCAAGGAGUUCAGUCAACACCGGUUGUCGAUCGGACGGGGAGGAUGGACAGACAGCCAGUUCUACGACGCAGACGGCGAGACCAAAGACCUGGUCAAAGAGUGGCUGGGAUCUCUGGCUACAAAUAGUGUAGAGGAGCGUCUGAUUCCGUCGCUUGUCAACACGUCACUCCGCGCCAUGACAGCCGUCAGGCUGCGUCGUCCCAGGAUGAUGCAUAUUGCCGGCGACCUCACCCUCCUGAGUCUCAAGGCACACUUCUACGCCGUCGAAGAGCAGUUUACUGAUACUCGCGCGCUGAAUGGGAUAACGGCCGGCGACAAUCUCUGGUUUCUGCACGAGCGCUUUCGAGCAUGGGGUGGAACGCUGUCGCUCGACAAGAAGGACGCGGUGGCGACCCUCUCGGACCAUAUUAACGAGUGCUACGAUGCCAUCAUCGACAACUUGGGUCUGUUGUAUCAGGAGCUAGAGGACGCGAGUUAUGAAGUGUUUACUUGUCUGGAAGAUCGAUUUUGCUUUGAGGAACGCGUCGACCGGCUGGUCGAGACGCUGUGGUGUCUCCUCCCCAUCAACAUGCAAGCAGUCACGAAGGAUUACUGGUGCCGCGCUGUCUUGAAUGCGGAUUGGACGGAUGCUUCCGGUGAUGUGUACGGCACGUUAAAGUCGCGAAAUCUUGUCUACAAUAAUACCGAUGCUGCUGCGGCAAAGAUAGAGACGGUGCCGCCAAAGGUAGAAGCACCCGCCACAAGUAUAGACGCAGAUGACGAGAAUAACUCGGGGGAUAGCCCGCGCCUCGGCAACAGAGCCAGGCUCGCGCUGACCCUAUCGACUUACAUCAAGGACUUUAACAGCAUCGGGUGGCUGCAGGAGGGCCUCAAGUCGCAAACCAUGCCCUUUCUCAAAGCCCCCGCGAUCGACGAGAAGAAAGGCGAUGUCUCAUGGCGGUCCUACGCGUCCGGCAUGUACCGGAGCGUCAUGGGAGCCAUUGUCGAAGAGAGGUCGCCGGGGCAGAAAGCGGUCUGCGGGACCAUCGGCACGCAGAGAACGCCUCGGCUUGUCGCUGCGGCUUUUCCUUCUACGGCUACAACCCUGGGAUUGUCUUUCUGGAGAUGGGGCUCUGGACUUCUGUGA